UAAAUAAGUUGAGGAGCUAAUAAGAAAUAUACAUUUAUAGCUUGUUCAAAUCCCUUCGCCUUCGCAAUUAACAUACUUGGGAUAAAGUUUUUGCUUGGACCAAAAUGGGCGAAUUUAUUCAUGAAAUCAACAGCACAGUUUUUGCAUGUCCCGAUGCCGCAUGCCGUGAGCAACCGAGAACCAACAGAUUUAUUGAUGAUACAGCGCCAUUAACUCUGAGCAGCAGUUAAUCUAAUCGGCAGAUGCUAAAUUUGACCGACCAUAACAUUGUAUGUAAGCUGAUUGUUAAGCAUCCCACGUCUCCCGGAUGAUUUGCUAUCAAUGGAAACAUGCAAAAUGUUGAUCGUAAAUUAUAUCGACGUGAUAUCGGAUCCACAGCAGAGGCCCGAGUGCGUCACCUUUAUUUCAUCACUUGUUAAGCCUAAAAUCCUUUGUGGUUAAAGUUUAUGAAGCGCAAAACUAAGCUGUGUGUUCAGUAAAGACCCAGUAUGUAGGCAGUCUGUGUCCGACCGUCGAGAGGGCGGGACAUCGUCGAACGUUUUUUUAUUCGUUGUUUAACGAGACGUCUGAGUUCGCGAGUUGUGAAGUGAGUUUUAAUUUUAAAUUAUGAACGUGCGUGCUGUUGUUUAAUAUUAUUAGGAACAAGCCGUUAAUUACAGCAUGUGGCGAUCGGCUUCGAUGGGCGCUCGGCUGUGCGCGGGGCUAGCGCUGGCCAUGUCGCUGGCGCUCGGCGCCGGUCGCCGCGACUACAAGGACCCCGAGGGCCGCCACCACUCCGAUCUCUCGCUGUGGAUCGAUGAGCGUCAAGUCAGGAUGUUCAGUGGCAUAUCCAUGCAGGUGUUUGCCAUAAUCAACGGGCACGUGUCCCAGUACGUGUUGGACCCUAACUUCUCCAACAAGCUGCCGGUCAUACCCUCGGAGGUCGGCCACGUCAACUUCACGUGGAAGUCCAAGAAGAGAUACUACUACGACUUCGAUAUCCUCACGUCAUCAGACCUCACGAUACUGAAACCUCCAGUGUUGUCCAUCAAAACUAGAGGACGGGUGCCUAAGACGUCUAAAGAAUUCAGUAUAAUAUUGCCAUGUGUGGGCAACAACAGCGGCGUAGCCACAUUUGAAAUAGGGCUUGUGCUUAAAAAUGGCCGCGGAUUGCCGCUUAAAGGCACCCCAUUAAGGUUACACCUAAAGAAGGAAUGCGCACAGAGAGGUGUGUAUUUAGAAAGGACAGGCCCAGACCCGGAGUGCGACAAGAAGUGCGCGAACCACGGCUGGUGCAACAACGAGAAGAUCUGCCAGUGCCCCGAGGGCUACAUGGGCGCGGACUGCCGCACGGCGCUGUGCUACCCGCAGUGCAUGAACGGGGGCAACUGCACUGCGCCCGGCCUCUGCUCCUGCCCGCCCGGCUACCAGGGACGGAACUGCGAAGGAGGUCACAGCUCUAUCUGCCUAGCUUUAUAUCAUACCUAUACUAUUACCUAUAGGUAUAUUGAAUGGGAAAGCCGUUAUCCAAAACUACAAUUGCCAACUGCGUGCUUUUCAUAAGCUGCGGUUACUUCCAUAGCUCGAAUAUAAUAAUAUGAAUAAUCACUCUUGCCCGUUCCCUCGUCAUGCAUUCUGAUAACGGCUUGUGAAAUAUAAAGAAGUUUGUCUUCCAAAGUUGGUGAAGUAUCAUAAACCCACUUAGCCUGGACGUAGAAUUAUUUUUGGGAUGUCAUGCGAUAAGCAAGCCAAAAAUUACAACUAUAAAUGAAAAAUACAACAUUUAAAUUGAAUAGUUUAUUUAGUAACACUAAAAUAGCGGUCUAUAAAAUCUAUGAACAUCUAUGACAACUAUUGGAAGUAAUACUUUUGUCACAAUUAUUCCCAACGUUAGGUUAGUAAAUGCUACAGCACAACACAUUAAUAUUCUAUAACGCAAUUCAUAAAGUUUUUCGUUCUUUUAACGUUUUGUACUACAUAGUAGGCAGUAAUUGUGUGGCCAGCUGUACCUAUCAUUUACAAUACCAGGAAGCGUAGGCUUACUGCCGACAGA